ACAUAGAAUUGUAUACUACAGAUCGGAUUAAUUUCUAGACCACAGAUCUAGAAUCUAGAUCUAUAUAGAUCUAGAUCUAGAUUUUUAGGUCUACUCAAUUACCCUAAUGUAGAUCUACAUUAUUCUACAGUAUCUAGAUCUAAACCUAAUAAAUUACAGGCGUAACUUUCAAAGAAAUGAUAAUUACGUUCAGUUACAAUUUUAAUAAUUUUUAACAAGUAAAACUAAAGUGUCUGUUACUGUUAGUCAGUAGAUCUCUGGAAAAACAUGGAAGAAUUAGUACUUUGCAGAUCUACCAAUAGUAACAUCACUCCUGACAAUAUAACGCUGACAAAGUCUGCAUCAAACAUCUCAGAUUUGUUGGAGCAAAAAAAACUUGAAAUUGAACAUUUAAAGAAGCAGCUUAUAAAAACAGAAAGGUUACUGGAGAAAGCUAACCACUACAAUGAAGAUCUCAGGAAAGAACUGGAGACUCUCAGUGCGAAAAUUCAUGAGACUAGGAAAAACUCUCCCAUUGAUGUGGCCACUCAAGUUACGGAAGCAGUCAUUGAAGAAGCCUAUGGAAAUAAACCAAUGCCAGAGUGGAUAGUUUCUUCCUCUGAUAAAUCAUCUUCUCUGUCCAUCGCUGAAACAGUAAAAGCAACUAUUGAAGCUGAACUAGAAUGUCUUUCUAAUGCUGGCAAGUCAAGUUCAGAGAAAGAAUGCCCAAAAGAAAGUUCAACAGAAGAAACACAAGAGUAUAUAUAUGAUCCGACAUCUGGCUGCUAUUAUCAUCCAGCCACUGGAUAUUAUUGGGAUUCUAACCGAGGUUUGUUCUAUGACUACACUACUGGGACAUACUACCAAUAUGAUGAACAUGCAAAGCAGUACAAAGUGCAUUCAGUGAUAGAUUCCACUGGACAGUAUCAACAGUUUGGUUCUAACCAAGAUGGCAGUCAUUGUCUGGUCAAGACUGACAUGUCCAAGUCUGGAGAAGGAGCCAAAAUAAAAAAGAAACAAAGGACAAGAAGAAAAAAAAGAUCAUGCAAUAAAAUGUCUGAGAAAUUGAAGACGGAUGUAAUUAUGAUAAGUGAUUCAGACAAUGAGGAUGUCGAUUACACGAGAAAAAUGGGAGAAUCAAAUCCUGAAAAUGAAGCUAAACAAAAAGAAAACUCAAGUUUGGAGUCAGAUGAAUCUUCUGGAAGUCUAGCUACAGGAGAAUCUGAGCUAGAAUCAGGGGAGAUAACUGAUGAUAGUUCUUGUUCAGACAUGAUAAUGGAUGCAAUAGUGUGUAAUGAUCAAUCAACAGUUGAACAAUUAUCUGAUUCACUAACUGAAAUAGCUGAUAAUUAUCCUCCAUGCAUCAGAGUGAUAGUUGAAGCAUCUGAACAUCUGCCAUUAGGAUCCUUGUACAUAAUAACUUGUGCUGGGGGCAGCAUUGGUAGAGAACAGAAUACGGGACAUGCUAUUGAAAUAUGUGACAGUAAUAUUAGCAAGAUUCAUGCUGAAGUAAGCUAUGAUUAUGAAAACAGUUGUUAUGUCCUGAUUGAUAAAGGAAGUCAGAAUGGAACAUUUUUAAACAGCAAGAGAAUGUCUAAGAGUAAGUGUACUAGUGAGAACCACAAAUUGGCUCAUGGGGAUGUGGUUGAGAUUGGCUCGACCAAGCUGCUGCUGCACAUCCACAAGGGCCAUGAAACAUGUGAAGAGUGUGAGCCUGGACAAGUGCAGGCCAAAAUCAAAGCCCAAAACCCAAUUAAAAAUGAUUAUGUUUUAUUGAGCAAAGAAGAAAAAAACAGACUCAGGAGAAAUCAAUUGAAGAACAUUAAGAAGAAAUAUGGACUUCAGAAUACUCAUUUUGAGAACCCUGGUGCUGUAUUACCUGGCUCAGAUUAUUGUGACAAAGCUUAUCUUAGAAGAAAAUACAUUGGCAGUGAAAGUAAUGCUACAGGACAGGAUGAUACCCCAGCUUCAGUGCAGAGCCCAAUAUCAACAGAAAACAAAGGUCAUAAGUUGUUAGCCAAGAUGGGAUGGAAGGAAGGUGAAGGUCUUGGAAAAUCCAAUUCAGGAAUAGCUGAACCGAUAUAUGUUGAGAUGAGAGUCAACCAGAGUGCAGGCUUGGGAUCAAGUUCAGGUGUAACACUUUCUCUGGACAAUAUUCACAAUACCGCUAAGGCUAAGAGGUGGAGCAAAGCUCAGCAACGUUUCCACCAAUCAGGUCACUCAGGAGACAGUGUGACUACACCUAGUACUGAUAUACCAGCAAAAGAACAUUACACAUCUCCUUUGAAUUCUGCUGCAAAGGGUGCUUCCUCUAUCACUGCUGAUAGCCAACAUUCCUUUGACCCACAUAACCACUCGUCAGAUCACAGCAACCAAAAUUCUUCCCCCAAGGUCAAACAAAUGUCUUGGGUCAGUGGCGGCACAGAGACUAUUGGUCAAGUGGAUCAACUACUCACACUCUCCCAAGCAGCAGAUGGUGAGGAAAACAUUUCUCCAUUAGGCUCGUGAUAAGCCGUCUGUUGACCCUGAACUUUGGUCAAGUGGGUGCCAGCAUGUCAUGUGAUAUAAUACUUUCAGCAGUAUUAUGUAAAGAUUGCGUUCUCAGUUUGGAUCAUGUUCAUUGGAAUGUAAAAUGUUUAUGCUAUAUAUUAGUGUUGUUAUAAUUAAUAAAAUGUUUAACCUAUAUAUUAGUGUUGUUAUAAUUAAUAAAAUGUUUAUAAUUUGUCCUCCUU